AGACCAGAACAAUUGACAGCAAAUUCUACAAACAGUGAUACUUAGAAUCAGGCUGUGACAGUGAAUAAGCUACAUACGGGCUGUGAUUCAAAGAAUAAAGGGUGUACACCCAAUUUGUAGUGUUGGCAUUGCUUUUACCACUAUUUUAACCCCCACUGGGAUGCGCCCACUAUGAAAGAAACGGAAUUCAGUCUUAAAUGUGCCUCCAAUCUCCGGUGUAAAAACCAAAUCUCAGGUUUGCCAAUAUGCCAGACUUGUGAGACGUGCGUAUUGUCCACCAAAAUUGCCGUCACUAAAGAAUGGUUCCUGAGAGCAGGAGAGUUCUCGCAGAGGAAGUUCGUCCUCGGGAUUGUAAGGCGAUUGGAAUGUUUGGAUCUCCUGUUGUCCGUGGAGAGCGUCCUGCAGCCGGUCCUGGGAAAGGACUUCACGUACAGCCGGUCUCGGAUAAACCCGAGUCUACAAGAAGAUGCCCACACCACGGGUUCAGACCGGGCCCUGAACCCACAGCUGUGGCAGCAAUUUGUGGCUGAGACGUGGCGAUGGUUCAAAGGGGGCUCCACCUGGAUCAAACACAACUACGCGUUGCUGCUACUCAAGAUGUGUAAAGCGCAUUUAUUGCACAGUGUCGCCAACCUAAUUCACGUACUGGUCGUACAAGGGGUGCACUCGUUUUUAGCAAAGAAAGGUAAACAAAUAAUGUUAAUAUUUACAUAUUGAUAGAUGGUCAGUGUCAUAAAAAAGGGUGUCAGCGGUAUAUAUCGAAAACAAAGUACCCCAAUCGCUUUUACUGUUGUCUUUCUAUCUGUUCAUAUAAAUGCACCCCUAAAAUUUUUGCAGCUCCCUGAAAAAUGUAUUGAUUGCUCUCUGUUUACUACGUAAGUACUAUAAAGCUUUUUGUAUUGCCACAUUGGCAGUUAUACUUUAUAACUGAUAUAUUGUACAGCUCUCUGAAAUGUGUUUGAGAUUUAUAAAUAAAAUCAUAUGAGAUAAUUGAUAUGAUAGCAUUGAUGUUGUAGAACAACAGCUACCAUGAUGCUUUGCAUGCCUUCAGAAUCACAAAGCAUCAUGGAAGCUGUAGUUUUAAAACAUUUUUGGGAGCAACCUUUUGGGCACCCCUACAAUAGAGUAUUUAUAGAUGGGAAGGAGUCACGUGCAAUCCCAGCCUUGCAUUUUAACUUUGUGUAUCCUUUUUCCUUUGCGACCGUGUUGUUGUUACUCCUAAUUUUUCCCAUUUUCCUGUAUAGCACUAACACAUGACCCAGGCAAUGCAAGCAGGGGGGAUGUCACCACAAGAUCGGCAUUGUGGGCCACCCCACUGUGAUCGCUUCUUUAUUGAGAUUGCAUGGUGUGUGCUUGAUUUUAUUCACCUGUCACAGAGUGUGGCUGAAAAGUGAAUUAAUCCACAUACAUCUGACAAUGCAAAUAUUAAAAGGGACACCAUAGGCACCAAAACAACUUUAGCUUAAUGAAGCUUAGAUCAUGCCCCUCCAGUCUCACUGCUCAAAAUUAAUAUAAAGGGAAACAAGAUUAGGGUACGCCAAGUUCAGGAAUACAGAAACACACAGAAUAUGUACAAAGCCGGGUCAGGAUAGCAGAAAAUCACGAGUCAAAUACGAGCCAAGGUCAAUAACAGGAAUACCACAAGAGAGACUUAUAUAUAGCACUAAUGUGUAUCAGAACAGAAACCAUGAUAGGGCAUUGAGUAAGGGCUAGAACAGACCUUAAAUAGGUUCAAAAGAGUUCCCAUUGGUCCACGACAUCUCUGCGACCCCAAACAGCAUGGGGUCGCCUAGAUGACGUGUUCCCUUUAAGGGCGUGACGUCAUGGCAAGUUAAUUAUUACAGGAGCUGCAGAUCGGCCCGCGAACCAGCAGAGGAAGCCGUUCGCAGGGCCAAAGUCAAGUAUAUUAUCCAGGCUGCACGGCCAUGUGGAGCGUGGCCCAAGGAGGGCAGCGGCGCUGGCGCCGGCACAGAUACGUUUGUGACAAUAGGCUGAUGCGGACCCUGCUCAAAUGAACUUACAAUCAAAUUCAGUUGCCAGCCAUGUAAAAGUUAUGUAAAAGUUCAAAAAACUUGUAAAGCAAACAAAUUCUAUAUUAUACAACAAUGUGUAUUAAAUAAACAUAUUUGAUGGUUUUCAAUGAUCAAACUGAGCAGUGCAUUUGUACAAAAUAUCCUAUAUACCAGUGGCAGAAGCCAUCUUAACUCAUUGUCAGAGGGUCUUCAUUAUUUGUCCCAGCUCUAACGAGGAAGAUGAUGGUUCUGGUCAUCAAAGAAGCAGGAGUUACAGUAAAGGCCUUAAUUAAUUCUGCUGAGUUUUUUUCUCCAUAUACUGUUGAACUCACAUCAGCUGAUGCAAAAUUAUUUUUAAGUUACAAAAAUAACAAAAAUUAUGAACUAAAGAGCACAUUCUGUAUUUAGAUUUGAUAAAUUAAUCUAAAGGUGUUAAAAUUUAUGAAAAAUGAAAAUAUUCCAAUUACAAUACAUGCGUUUUGUGUAUAGUAAAUAAAUCAAAGGCCUUCUGAAAUGCUGGCAUAAAUUGCUAACAAUUGUGGAUUUAUUUUUCCUUAGAAAAGUUGGUCUCCGAAGAUGAAAGUCUCAGAAUCGACGAACUGUUGGAAUACUAUGGCAUGAAGGAUCCUGAGGACUCCAGCCUUCUACACACCAUUGAUGACCCGUGUCUCAUGGUGGUACCAUCAUCCUUUAAGGCAACAUCAGGUGUGAGAAAAUACAAAGACUUCAUUCAGGGUCUACCUGUGCAUCUGUCCAAGAUGAUCCUAGGUAUGUUACCUAUUUUAUGCCAAAUUAUGAGUUAAUAUUCAAAACAAGUAUGUAUAAAUAUGUAUACUGGUGCUCUACAUCUGACAUUAUUUUACGGAAUUGGGGAAAUACGGAAAGGGUGUUAUAAGUAACCACACAUUGUAAAGGGUUUAUUCCAUAAACAGUGAAUUAUAAUGAAUUGAAAAACAAAUUUCAAAAUUUAUAUUAAAAUAACCAAGCUGAUAUUUGUUCACUAUGUCAUAGAUAAAGAUAAAUAAAGGGUUAAAACAUUUGCCCUAGUUAAGUCCUUCCACCUCUGAGAGGGUUAAACAGUAAAUUCUUCACCCCUGCUUCUGUCUGCAGUUUUCUGCAGCACAUUCAUGAAAUGUUACUUUUUGUUAACCUUGGUAUUCUAACCUAGCUUAGAUAUGACGUUCUCAAGUAAUCAGUUGUCCCUUGUUUUUUAACGCACACAUGCGCAGUAAAAAGUAAUUGUUGCUUCUUUUUAGUAUGUACACAUGCACAGUAGACUAAUGCUAUAAUAAUAAAUAUACGAUGCUCUCCCAAUUAAAGAUGAGAUGAUAUUUGAACUACAACGGAGUAAGUCUGUGGUUUUUAUUAUCGGUUCUCCCGAGUGCUCGAACACCUAAUUAGGAGCCUCGGGUUAUCUCUUGCAUGAUUUAUCCGUUAUAAAUGUCUGUAUCAACUAGACUUACCUGAAUUAUUAUAUCUGGAUUCCCAAAUACCUAAACCUCUACUACGUACCAAAUGUCCCUCGAUACUAAUGCUUUGUUAAAUGCACUGUUACUCAUUUUAUUGCCCUUAUCCACAAUAUUUCAAAAUAGGGAAUCUCUCCUAUGCAUGAAACCAUCCCUUUUGCUCAACCGGAGAGUGCUGGCCUUCGGAGACUCUUUGACCUUUAUGUUGAUGCUACUAAUUACUAUUAAUCACUUAUCUAUUCCCUAAACUGAUUUGAGACACUGCUUUAUUCUGCUAUGAAGUUUUGCUCAAAAGUCCAAGAUUAGAGAAGCCACUCUACAAUGUGUGGCCACCUUGGACCGAAUACAUGCUGUGAUAUAUAGUCUUAUAAUGUUUCAAUUCCUGUUAAGGAUUACUAGCCACAUGCCCUCUCCCCAUCUCCCCCUUUUUCAUUACGCCUCUUUCCCUUUCUGCCGUUAUUCUACUAUUUUCUCGUUAUUUUUAUUUCAGUUACAAUUUUAUCUUCUUUUGCCUAUUAACGAUGUAUUUUAGUUUUAGGACCAAGUGCACAUUUGGUUACACAAUUAGAUACUGCUAGCUAGAUCUAUUAUCAAGGCUUUAUAGUCAUGUUUGCACUUUAGUGCUGCUACAAAAACUGAAUUUAAACAUAAGUUUUUUGGUUUUUUUUAUAUUUAUCACUGCCUGACAUAAAUAAGUCCAUUUUAAAAAAAUCCCCAAGCUGUGUUUAUGGCUUUGUUAGAGAAAUUGUCCAAAUCAGCUGCGCUGACCUAAAUUUUGAAAUUCAAAUAAUAAUUUGGUACAAUUCAGAAUUUAGUGAAUUAACCAAUUAAUAAGAGCCAGUGACUUUCAGACAACAGUUUAUGACUCCCUACUUCCUAUUUAUCCUUGUCCAUUUAAGGACUGUUCGUGUAGCUUGCCUUUAAACUCUGUUUUUCCUGGAUUUAUCAAGAACAUUAUUAAUCUAUUUUUACACACAUUUCAGAUCUUUUUUGAAACCAUAUUGUAAGUUGCUCAUCACAUAAUUUUAAAGUUUUUUUUUUUUAUCUGAACUGAUUUAAUAAAUUUUUCAUUCAAUCAUUCUGUGUUCUCCUGAUACGUGGCUCCUUUCUCCUGUCCGUAGGAUUUCUCGAUAAUAAAUCACUGUCCAGUUGUGCCUGUGUGUCUCAUCAUUGGUGCUUCAUGGUAAAGGACAUUCUACGGGAUCUCAGGGCAAAAAAAAUGAUUCAGAACGAUGCUAUGAUACUCCGGGUAAUUAUAUCAAAACAAAGAAAUCCUUCUGCCAAACCAUCAAACCACCUACAUAGAUCAAUUCUUUAAACAAGACUAUACUGAUCAUUUUCCACCACCGAUGAAGCAUUCUUCAAUGGGUCUAAUUCAUAAAAGUCGUAUAAAAAGAUAGUAAGGCUCUAGUUAUAUAAAUAUGUCACCUAGUGGUGUGAUUUACCAACUCACAUAACAUUUAAAGGUCAUAGCAUUGGUUAGAUAUAUCUUCACAAGUUAGUUUAAAUUUAAAUGUUCUAGCAUAGUUUUUGGCAGAUUUAUUAGAUAAAACCAAUAUCUGAUUGGCCUCCAGUACAGCAAUCCAUGCGCAUUGGAUUGAUACAACGCAUUUUCAGAGCCUCUCUAUGUGCAUCACUGGCACAUUGCUCUGCUACCUACUCAAAUUCUAAUUUAAAAUCUCUCAAUUUUGAUGAAUUUGGGAAAGGGAAGAUCCCUUUAUAUAUCGGCUUGUGGUUUCCAAAACAAUCCCAAACCCUGAGUCAGCAGAUGUAUUCUGCUCAUGUAUACAAGGGUUUAUUAGUAAUAAGGAUAUAAAACAAAACUAUACUAUGCCAUUAAGACUUUGUUUUAUAAGUGAUGCUGCCAUAUAAGCAUAUACUGUCCGUAUAAUGUCCUUAUUCAGGGCCGGAUUAACAUAGGGGCUGAUGGAGCUGCAGCUCCAGGCCCAGGCCCAUGGAAUAGGUACCUGACUGGUAUUUUAAGGCACAGCCGGUAUUUGAGGCUGCCUGGCCGUGCCGUUAUUGCAGUAAUACCGGCAAUACAAAUGCAGAUACUCUUCUCAGUAUAAACAGAGAUUACUCUGCAAUACCAGCACCAGCCAGUAAGGGUCAAUGUGUGUGGAGAGAGGCAGGGAUAAGAAGUUACAGCAUGAUCCACAGACACUGGAAGACUGGGUGACAUGGGGACACUGACAUUGUGAUAUAUAGGGACACUGAUGCCAGGCUGGCCUUCCAAUUCUGUGGACAGACAUGCCCCCUUUUUGGGCAUGUUCGCCCCUUUUGGCAGAUCUGGUCACGUGAUUUGUGUCAAUGGCACACCCUUUUACCCUGCACAUAGACUUCCUGAUUCACUGGACACUGCUGUUAGGGGAUAUGGAUUUAUUUGAAAGAUGAAAGCAUAAAUUAGAUAUAGAGAUUAGCAUACAGUAUGUGUUUUCUUAUAGCAGCAUCCUUUGAGUUUCCCUCCAACACCAACUCCACCAGAUACAUGACGCUUGGGAGGUAUGACUGUUUUAGUGUUUUUGGUCGACAAGAUUCUGUAAUUAGGCCCAUCAUAAUUGUCAGCACCAGGCCCACUGGGCUCUUAAUCUGGCCCUGUCUUUAUUAAUCAAGUAGGCUCCGAUCAUUAGAGAACUGUGCAAAUAUAACAAAUAUUUUCAUACCAUAAUGUUUGGAAGCUGACAAUUAUUAUGAUGACUUUAGGGCAAUGUAUGGGUCUAUUAAAAGAUGUUUAAAAAAAAAAAAAGAGCAUUAGAUAUUGGGGUAAAUUAAUUAACAAUAUGCCUCUCUUAGAGAAGAGGGAAAUAUGAAAUGGUUUUUGUUUGUGGUUUGUUUUGCGUUUUGUAUCUUUAAAGAGUUAUUCUUAUAAAUGCCUCAUGUGAGCUUCCACCAGCACCAUCUCCACCAGAUACUAGAUUUUUGGGUGGUAUGACUAUUUUAGUGUUUUCUGUAAUUAGACCCGUCAUAAUUGCAUGCACCAGUCCCAAUGGGCUUUUAAUUCUGCCCUUACUAUAAAACACCCAUACCUUGCUUACCUUGUCAUUUCUUGCAGGGCACUUCAUCGAGAGGGGUGAAUGUUACUUAUGCGAAAAUACAAAACGUUCCAAUUCCAAAAAUUGGAGAUGAUGGAAAUGCUAUUUUACGGAGAGAGAAAAAAAUUAUAGAGAAAAAGGUAUGCUGAUUGUUGUAGGAUAUAAAAAAAAUAUAUAUUUUUAUUGAUCAGUUUCUAUCAAAUCUUAUUUUAAAUUAGACAUUGAAAGAAAUCUAAUACACUGAGGAUAACUGAUUACCAUGCCAGUAGUGUUACACCCAAGGUUACAGUAUACUGACCUGCAUUUACUAAAGGAACAAAUAUUUACCAUAUUGUAUAUUUAAAGAAUUUGAUAUGUCUUUAUCAGUACUUUUCAAGGUCAGUCGAAAGUCAGUGGCUAAAUGGGUAAUUUCCAACUGUUGUACACUUGCAACUUUCAUAAUAUUUUCCAGCCUCAAGGCCUUACUUUAACAAUUUAAAGGAUCUAAUUGAUACCGAUUUUAAUUGUGAUUAACAUAUUCUUAGCACCAGCACAACUUAAACGCCGAUUUAGAUUUGUGGCCUUAUAUUCAGGCUACAAAUUUCACCACAUUCAAAUUUCUGCAACGGUCUGCAGCAUAACCCCGCCCAUUUAGCCAUGCAUCCACUUCUGACAAAACGUCUUCCUGUUUGGAAGUACACAGUUUGCAAAUGCAGCUCAGCCCAUGAGAGAUCAACAUGAGCUGAGCUGCUGACUCUACUCCAUAGCCAAUCACUGUCCUCUUACUUUCUGCCUUUUUUCCCUUUAGCUCUGUGAAAUUGGCUUCUCAGUACAGGUAAUAGGAGGACAGUGAUUGGCUGUGAGGCAGAGACAGGUCAGCAGCUAAGCUUAUACAGACCCGUCAUUGACUGAGCUACAUUGCAAACAAUGUACAAUCAGGAAGACAUUUUGUAAAAAGGGGAAGUGAGGCGAAGAGGGCCAGGUUUUGCGGCAGAAAGCUGUUUACUUUAUUACGUCGAGAUAGCAUGUUCUUUUCAAGCUGACUACAAGCAAUCUAUUUUCAUGAAUACAGAUGUGAAUAGUUUGAGUUAUUUGUACAUACAGGUUACAUUAGACGUUUGACGUAUUUUUGUAAAGUCACAGGGAAAUAACGGGAGCAUGUCUAACAUGUUGACAUGUUCUUGAUUUUCUGGAUGAACGAGCGUGCACUGAGUCAGGAAAGGGGUGUAUGAUAUCACUAAUUAUUGCUGCUUUAUGUUCCUUAGCCUGGGGAGAGCUUGGAAGCAGCGUACAUUGACAAUGAAACAGAGACAGUCCUGAUGGAAGAAAGAAAUGUCUACUGUGGACCAUACAAUGUCCUAAUGUUCUCGGGACAGUGAGUGGCCUUUUCUUAAGUAACAUAGAAUAUGCAUUAAGCUGCAGACCUUGAGCAGCCUCGCUAUGGCAGAAUUAUUAUUGACUAAACAGUGAUUAUUUUGUGCAAUGAAAGCAGACCUGAAAAAUUGGUCCAAAAUAUCUUAUACCGUAUUACGAACUGGAAACACAUAACAUAAUCCCAGCACUCAGACUCUUUGGGCUGUAUUAUAAUCAAAAACGCCAACUGUGCCCUCUGGUCUCCUUGGUUGAAUUCACAUAUCAGUUUCUUGCUCUUUGAGCGGAAAGGGCAGGCACUAUCUCUUCUCGGCAAUCCAACCGCCCCCACCCCCACCCCCUCUUCAACCACCACCACCAUAUAUUUUGUAUUUUUCUGUUUUACGACUCUGCAGAGCCUCACCAGGAAGAAGGCAUUCUUAACUAGUACUAUCUGGUAACUUGCUGGUGGAAACAUUUGGUAACCUGUUGUUAUCUUAAAAGUGACAUUGUCGACCCUCCUCUAAAACGAAUACUUUUCAUAAAGAUAAAAUCUUUAUGAAAUACUCAUAUUGACUGUGUUGGAAUUUCAUCGAAACUCUAAAGCAGUCAAAAGUUAUUCUAAAACCCAACACCAAGGAAGAACACAGCUUAAGUGGUGUGAAAUAAGAACAUUGGUGAAUGCGGCCUCUCAUAGGAUACCUCCCAAAUAAAGAGACAAUCAUGUUACAUGCAUUCCCAGGUCCCAGGUAGCCACAUAGUGAAGUCCAGGAUGUAUUUCAGCGUCUUUGAGCUCCAUCUGUUAAGGCGCAUGUGCGGUCCGCUACGUCCGGUGGGAUGACAUAUUUACUUUGUAAUACGGAUUGCCCACACCACCUGCACUUUUUGGGUAUAAAGAAGAUGGACACAUCAAUAACCACAGCUCCUUAAGAAGUCCCGUGGAACAUGGAGAUGAGACGCGUCGAGCAUAUCUUCAUUCUCUGUUUGUCGAAGACUUGCUCAUGACACCUGUUCAGUCUCGGUGGAUGUCUCCUAGGCACUGUUCAUCCUCUGAUGUCGCGACCAUUGGAUCUGCAGACUGGAUUCAUGGACAUUGAAGGUGGACUGAGAGGCGGAACUGUUUUGGCUUUUAGGUUGAUUCGCCUUUUUUGCACAUAUUUUAUGUUUAUGUGCAUUAGUGUUUCUCACUGUUAUUUUAAAUCUGUUUUAUUCUUUUAUGUGAUACAUUUAUUGUGCCAUGAUUUUUUUCUCUUGUAUAUUUGCCCAUUCAUCUUAUUUUUAACUGGGAUUUGGCGCCCUCUAGUAUAUUGUGUGAAAAGAUAUACUAAGCCAAAGUAUGGACUGCUUACAUAAUAUUAGUAUAUAUAUAUAUAUAUAUAUAUUUAUAUAUAUAUAUAUAUAUACCCUGUCCUGGGAUUAGGGUGCUACACACAGUCUUUUCAGACUUUCGAGACACGUCACACACUGAAUGAGGUAAAAGGACUUGCUCUUUUUAUUGUGGUCCCAAAAUGUAACAAUGUGCAGUAAGGUAUAACAAAUUGUAAUAAAAUAAAGAAAAUAAAAUCCUUGCUCUUCUGAGCACUAACUUAUAAAAAUAACAAACUUGGCUUGGAUGGCUUGUCCAUUUCCCAACAUAAAUAAACAUAAAUAUCCACCUUAGUGUUUCACGUUCUUUCAGCUCUCUGUUUCCUCUCACAGGAAUCAAACACAAUUUCUACUCCACCUUUGGCAGGGGAGUACGUAAUAUCACCUGCAAUUAACAAUCCCUUUCAGGUGAGGUAAGUCAGGGUUGAAAUUCUGGAACUGGACUCCUCACCUGCAGUUUCCACUGGCCCAUCCUACUCUCCAAGUGCUGCACCCCAGGGCCCAAACACACAUAUUUAAAGUGCAAUAUUAAUUUUAACACAACACAUUUCCCUGGGGCUAAUUAUACAAAAUAGGAACCUUGCAAAAUCUGGGGAGAUAUAUAGACUGCCUCCAGCACAAUUCCUUGCUUUCGGUCACAAUAUAUAUUAUUUAUUUUUCCAAUUGCAGUGAAAAUCAGCACAAGGCAAUCCACUUUGAUGGAGGAAAAUUUGUGGUUGUGGGGGCUGCAGAUCGCAAAGUGAAAUUAUUGGACAUAUUAAAUAUGAAACAAGUUCCACCGCUGUUUAAUGGACAUGCUGGGAGCAUCCACGUUGUACACUUGUGUGAGGAGCAGGGCUUUGUGUUCAGUGGAGGGUAUGACCUCAGCAUCAGGUAAAAUUAUCUUCAACGUAUACACGUAAUCUACGUAUCUGAGCUUUUCCACAACAGUUUCACAACUAUGUGUUUUCUGAUUAGAAAGAUGGGUAAGUAAUAUCCCUAAAUGAUCUAAAAAUGUGAAGCACGAUGCAAGAAAGUUAUGGUGGGAAAAAUUGUGAUUGAAAAGCAAGUCUUAUGGCUUGACUGGUGUGCUUGACAGAUAUAUGUUUAACAUUGUAUUGACUAUCCACUGAUCUAAACUUGCAUAGAUAAGUAUAAUGGCUGCCCCCUGUAAGCUGUAAAAUACAUUUUUACAACAUUGGUAAAUAGGUACAAAAUAUAUUACAAACUACUACUUCGUACUAUUAACAAAAAAAACCCCAAAACUUUACGAUAUUUCUUUCUGCUUUGUAGACGUUGGAACUUGCAAAACGGAGUUUGCAUGAAAAUAUAUCUUGGACACAUGAGGACUAUUACAUGCCUUGAUGUAUGUGAAAAUUUGUUGGUUUCUGGAGCCAAAGAUAGACAAAUAAAAGGUCAGAUUAAAACUGUACUUAGAAUGGUUAAUUAAAACUACAACUUAUAAGGGAAAAUUAAUAAGAAGGUUCUGUCAUCUUCUGGGAUCUUUGCAUAAUUUUAAAAGACUCCUGAUGGUGACUUCGCCGCUUGGUGGCCAGUAACCGCUAUGUGCAGAGAAAGGUGAGUUUUACUUACCUGUAGCUGCCUCUCACGGCCACUAUGGCCGUUGGAUCCUGCAGGAUCCUGUUGGAUCUCUGUGUCUGCCAGGUGUACACAUUAGUGUUGUACUAUUGCGCAUAUGCCUGUGGAAGGUCUAUGGAAGACCACAAGACCCUCCAUAGAUAUUGUCUCCAUAGGUAUUGUGAACAAAUCGAAGUAAGGUACGUAUAGGAUAACAGAGCCACCUUGAUCCAAGGAAGUCCAACAGUAUUAAAAUCACACUGAUAGAUGUUUACACUGAUUUUUUUCCAUCUUCAAAAUUCUCUUUACCUUUUACCUGUGAUGCUGUCCAAAUCUUAUAUCAAUAUUUAAUAUUUGUCUUAUACCAUCACGUUACAGUUCUUUAAGAGAACCUUAAAAAUGUAUUUCUGUAUCUCAAGCAACGUGUUAAUGUUUUUCUUUUCAGUUCUGUCCCCUCGGAUAAUUCAUCCUAUCUCACCUACUUGUUUUCUAAUAUCAUUCCACUUUCUACUCUAAUUAUAGCAUGUAUUAAAUACAUAUUUCUAUUGACAGAUAAUGCAUUUUGAGUGUGUGUUUAGAAUUGGCUGGGCAGAGUUUUAUGGGAUUGCAUUGAUAAGAAUGGUAGUGUGAGGAUUGGCUGAGAGGUUUCAGCCACACUUCCUAGACUGGAAGCUUAGUGCAGGUACCUGCAAAUCCCUGAGGUUUAUAGCAGAUUCAGGAAAUUUAAAGUGACAGUGAUUUCUAUUGAAACUUCUAGUUCGUUUGUACAGACCAAACUUGUUAUUGCGUGAAGGUUAAUUGUCCCAUUGCAAUGCACAGCAGAAUAUGCUAGCCUAUGAUUCUGCAAUUAAAUAAUAUAAUUAAUUACGUAAUUAAUAUAUAUCAUGACAUCCCUGGGACAAAAUAACAACUGGUAAGCAAACUUCACAAGGUCUUUUGAACGCCUUCACCUCUGCCAGAGGACCCAUAGUCGUUAAUCCUUUCCCAAUUAGCUGUUAUGAAUGAAUUAAACUCAUAGGUUCAAAUGUAUUGAGUUGUUUUCCUUCUAUUGUCCAAAACACUGAAAAUUGGCUUAAUAUAUAUCUUUAUUAUUUCAUAAUAGUAUGGAAUCUAACUUCAGGCAAAUGUCUUAAAACAUUUAAACACAAAGAUGCCAUAUCAGAUGUUAAAAUAAAGGGACAAUACGUGGUGAGUGGCUGUGACAGAGGAAUUGUCAAAAUAUGGAACGUGGAAUCAGCAACGUUAAUUAAGGUAACGGAAUAUUGCAUAUAAUGUCUUCAUAUCCCAUUGUACAGCGCUGCGGAAUUUGUUGGCGAUAUAUAAAUAAUGAUAAUAAUAAUACUAUAAUGCCAACAUGCAGAGCAAACAUUCCGUCACUGGAAAUCCAAUUGUUCAGCAUAAAACAACUAAAACAUUUAAUUCUGUAUACUGUUUCUAAUCAAGAAGACAGCAUUGGAAUAAAUGUAUUGUUCGUGGGGACUAGCAUGAUUGCUUUCAAAACAGCAGCUGAUUGACUUAUCGAAUCCAUGUACCGUAUAUACUCGAGUAUAUACGGUAAUACUGUAUGUGUGUGUUUAAGAUCGGCACAGACCAAACAAAAUAAAAAACAUUCUUCCGCAAGAAGGCACUCACAGUAGCAUACACCGUAAGCAGCUAUGUAUGUCAGAGUCAACAGAAUAAUAAUGUAGAAUUGGGGGGAAAUCUGAAAUGGCUACAUGCCCCCUGUGGAAAUGCGAGCUGUAAAAAAAAACCAAAACCUAGCCCUGAAUUCUAUAAGUGUCUGAAUGUGCCAGUUUCUAUUAGGUGAUUGAAUGGAGGAACUUGCCAGCAAAACAGCAGAAUUGGUUAAUCUGAUGGCUAGAAAAGCAUACAGUAUACGUGUUUCCAACUUGCGCCAUUACAGUCUAUAAUGAUUGCAGCGGCGAGACUCAUUUUCCUGUCCUCCCGCACCUCCUACGCCUCCCCCCUCUGUCAGUCCCUACAUUGGCUUCCUGUUAGAUAUAGGACUCAAUUUAAGAUCCUGGUACUUGCUUACAAAUCUCUACAUAACGCCGCUCCCACCUAUCUAUCCUCACUAAUACACAAAUAUCUUCUGUUCUGUCAAAUAUCUCAUGUCUAGAACACUACGCUCUGCCAAAGACCUACGUCUAUCCUCUGUUCGUACUCCUACCUCUGAUGCUCGCCUUAAAGACUUCUCGAGGGCUGCACCAUUCCUAUCGAACACCCUUCCCCUCUCUGUUACACAUUCACCCAGUCUCCACUCAUUCAAAAAAAAAUCUUUGAAAACUUACUUCUUCAGGAAAGCAUAUCAAUUUAAUUGUCAACAGCUUUCCCUCCACACACCUUGAUUCCUCUCCUGCAACUGUCAUCAAAACAAAGCACUAAGCCCUCGAUAAAUACUAUCCUAGCAAUCUACCUUUCUACCCUACCCUUACCCUUUGUGUCACUAUACCCCACUCCCUCUAGCGUGUAAGCUCAUUGAGCAGGGCCCUCGAUCACUCUGUUCCUGUGUGUCCAACUCGUUUGGUUACAAAUCCUUGUCUAUUAGUCCACCCAUUGUACAGCGCUACGGAACUUGUUGGCGCUUUAUAAAUAAUACAAAUAAUAAUAAUAGCAAUUUCUAGUUUCCUAUUGAAGGAACUUUCCCUCAGUCUCAUUCUAACCUGUGUGUAAUCUGCCCAUUAUUAUGCAACGGCUUGUAAACUAACCUGUGUAAUAAUUUCAGAUCUAAUAUUUUUUUGAUAUCUUUGUGAUAUAUUUUUUUUUUUUUAAUUUUUUUUUUUUAUGAUAAAGUCUUUAUCAGGUCAUGAUGGGCCAGUAAAAUGCCUUGUCUUUGACCAGUGGCAUUUAUUGUCAGGAGGUGCGGAUGGAUAUGCGAUAGCCUGGAGCAUGCUGGGAACUGUCAAAAAACGCCUCAUCACCUUCAGGCAUCCAAAGUAGGUCAAUUUAACAAUAGAAAUAUAUUUGAUCUUUUUUAUAUUAUUUCACUGGUGUAUUUUGUUAGUAUGUUUGUUGUUUUGUGAUGAGCUGAAAAGCAAGGUGCAGAAUUUUACCUGUAACGGGCGUGUUGUGGAGAGUUUUUUAUUUCAGCAGUUGAUUAUCUUUUUAUAUCAUCUCAUCUGCUUUGGUCUAAAGUCGGUUCUAAACUCACCAGAAGUCUCGGGGGAUUCCCUAAAUUCUGAAUUAUAUUUAAUUAAUGUUUGAAUUGCUCAAAUAGCAGAGCUUUUUAAAAAAAUCCUGUAACUCAUGUUAAGUCAGAAUUUUGCUGUUUAAAGGGACACAAUGCAUCAAAACACCUUUAGUUUAAUAGGGCAAUUUUGGUGUAUAGAUCCUUCCCCUGCAGUCUCACUGCUCAAAUCUCUGUCAUUUAGAAGUUAAAUCACUUUUUUUUAUGCAGCCCUAGUCAUACUUCUCUGCGUGUGACUUACACAGCCUUCCUAAACACUUCCUGUAAAUAGUAAUCUAAUCUUUAUACUUCCUUUAUUGCAAGUUCUGUUUAAUUUAGAAUUUAUUAUAUCCUGCUCUUUUAAUAGUUUAUAGACUCCGGAGGACUUUCUAUGUGCUAUUAUAGCUCAGUUUACAGUGCAGGAGAUAAAAACUUGUAAAGCAAGUUCACAUCUGAUUGAAAAGUACACCAUUAUAUUAAUGCAGCCUGUGUAAGUAACAACCAGGGGGUGUGUGGCUAGAGCUACAUAAACAGAAAAAAAGUAAUUUAACUCCUAAAUGUCAGAGAAUUGAUUAGUGAGACUGCAGAGGCAUGAUCUAUGCACCAAAACUGUGUCUAUAAGCCUGUAGUAUCCCUUUAAUCCCUUAAGGACACAUGACAUGUGUGACAGGUUAUGAUUCCCUUUUAUUCCAGAAGUUUGGUCCUUAAGGGGUUAAGCCUAAAAUUAUCAUUCAGAUUUCAAUUCACUAGUCCACAGUUUAGUGAAUUUGUGCAUAGUGCCUGCAAUUCUAAAAAAGAUACAAGUUAUGAAAUAAUUCUACAAGCCGCAGCGUGUCCUGCAGUAUCAUUGUCUGCAUUCCAAGAAAUCACAUUUGUAUUGUGUUUAUAUUCCCAUUCAUCCAUGAAUAGCAACUUCCUGUGAAUGGGAUUAUUUACUGAAUACCAAGCAUGACUCUAAAAUUCAAUUCAUGUACUUAAUAAAUAUAAUCCUGAUUUAUAUUUGGAGAGAAAUGUGGUCUUGCAAAACAAAAAGCCCCAAAAUAUGAAAGGUUCAUGCGAAGUAUAGGAAUCUGGAAAUUUGUAAAACACACUGAAUUGCAUCUAAUUGGGCACAACGUUUAUCCAGGUUACCUGCUGUUUAGUGGAACUGGAAGAAAAAAGUUUUGAUUAAUAUAUAAAUUAUUCAAAUUAUAUAACAAUAUAGUACAGCUGUCAACUGACUUUGGCCAAAAAUUUGCAAUUCUCAUUUGAUUACUGUUGAAAUCCUGACAAUUCAAACUUUAGAGAAUUCCCCUGUAUUGUUAAAAAUUUAAUGAGCAUGUAUAACUUGUAAUUUCCGUUCACAGGGAGGUGACAUGUCUGGCUUUCGUCUAUCUCAGAGUCAUCACAGGCUGCGCGGAUGGCAAAAUCCGUGUGUUUAACUUUCUCGGUGGAGAUUGCCUCCGAGAGAUGAGUGCCAAUAGCCGAGCAGACCCAGUGCUAUCAUUAUGUGUUCGAGACAAUAGGUAAAAUACAGCUACGCUUUACAGAAACACUAUAGGGUUAGAAACACAAAAAUGUAUUCCCGACCCUAUAGUGUUAAAACCACCAUCUGUCCCCCCUGAUCUCUCCUUACCCCACUAAAUAUAGUAAAAUCUUACUUUUGUUCAAGUCUGCAGCUGCUGACUAUCCCCCUGAUCUGUCUGCUUUACUGACAUAAUCAAAAGUGUUGUUUUCAGCCAAUCACAAUGCUUCCCCAUAGAAUUGGCUGAGACUGACAAAGAGGCAGAUCAGGUGCAGAGCCAGCACAAGUAAAACACAGUCCUAACCAAUCAGCAUCUCCUCAUAGAUAUGUAUUGAGUCAAUGCAUCUUUAUGAGGAAAGUUCAGUGUCUCUAUGUAGAGGGUAGAAACACUGAAUGCCAGUCACACUGUGCAGCACUGCCACAGGAAGCACCUCUGGUAGCCAUCUGAGGAGUAGCCAGUGGAGGUAUCCCUAGGCUGUAAUGUAAACACUGCAUUUUCUAUGAAAAGACAGUGUUUGCCGCAAAAAAAACCUGCAGGGACUGAUUAUACUCACCAGAACAAAUGCAAUAAGCUGUAGUUGUUCUGGUGACUAUAGUGUCACUUUAACCCCUUAAGGACACAUGACAUGUGUGACAUGUCAUGAUUCCCUUUUAUUCCAGAAGUUUGGUCAUUAAGGGGUUAAUAAAGCUUCUCUGAGAGGUUAUCAGAAUGAUCCUAUAUAUAGUGGUUGUGGAUGGCCCUUUAUCUGUGGACCAUGUAUUCCAAAAUGACAUUGAAACAAUGGUAGCUACAUAAUCAAGUUUGGUUUCCUCUGAGGACAAUCAGUAGAGAUGUGAAAAGCUAACCUAAAUCGUUCAAUGUUCUAAGAUUGGAGUCACAGAAACCAAAUGUUUUGUUCCUUGUUCUAACAACAUUUUGCCUUUAACCCCUUAAGGACACAUGGCAUGUGUGACAUGUCAUGAUUCCCUUUUAUUCCAGAAGCUUGGUCCUUAAGGGGUUAAAGUUGUUCAUUAUAAAGACGUCUCUGUACAGCAUUUGUAAAUUUGCCAGAAUCUAUACCUGCUCUCCUGAAUUCUGCAUAACAGAAUUUGGCAUGGUAUAUAAAUAUUUUGGGUGUAAUAUUUGCAAAACACAGUAUUAUUACAUCUAGAAGCUAUCCCUGUGCUAGAGAAGCAUUGCAAUUGCAGUUCUGUCUACUGACCACUAGAGAGAGUAGCACUUAAAGGUGAGCUAAUACCCAGGACAUCUCAUAGUCAACUUGGGUGAUGUCCUGUGAGAAAGGUACAUUAACCAAAUUUAAACAUGACUUGUUUCAUUGUUUCCCUUUGUGUAGAAUGGUGAUCAAUGUACACUCAAGAAUCAUGAUAUUCCAGUUUGAGGAGAUUUCAUGGGACUACUCCCAGGAGUCUGUGCGUUUCACUGUCCCCAAAGACAGAGACCAGUUUAAAUUAGCACCGAUCAAAGCUCGUCCUUACAGUUAUGUGCGUGCGCAGAGAAUGAGGCAUAUUGGGUCAAGCGACAGGAAACUAUACCGACAGGAACAAAAGCCGGAACAUGACAAGAAUUGGCUGUCCCAUCAUGCUCGGAGUCUCUCUGCAAGAAGCAUGAAGCGAGCACAAGGUAUUUUCCUAAUCCUGAAUGCAUCAUUGAAAGCCAAUACAUGAAUAGAGAAUAAAGCAUAUGCGCAUUAAUUAACAUUAUAUCAAAACCUAAACUAACUAAUAUUAGUUGUCAUCAACUGGCAUCCCAAAUAUUUUAAGCAAACUUUACAAAUGAGAAAAAAAGCGAAUCAAAUCGCCCAGUACUGAAUAAAUAUUGUACUAAAUGUUUUAUUUCUCAGCUUAUGUAUCAGUAAUGUAGUUGAUAUGUCAGUUUGCCAAUGUGUAUUUGUUUGUUAAUGUACCUGAGCUCACACAAAAGCACCAUUGACCUUUAAACCCUUAAAGGACCACUCUAGGCACCCAGACCACUUCAGCUUAAUGAAGUGGUCUGGGUGCCAGGUCCUUCUAGGGUUAACCCAUUUCAGAGAAACUGCUAUGUUUAUGAAUGGGUUAAGCCUUCCCCUAUUUCCUCUAGCGGCUGUCUCAUUGACGGCCGCUAGAGGCACUUGCGUGCUUCUCACUGUGAUUUUCACAGUGAGAGCACGCCAGCGUCCAUAGGAAAGCAUUAUGAAUGCUUUCCUAUGUGACCGGCUGAAUGCGCGCGCAGCUCUUGCCGCGCAUGCGCAUUCAGCCGCAUGGGAGGAGAAGAGGAGGAUCGGAGGAGGAGAGCUCCCCGCCCAGCGCUGGAAAAAGGUAAGUUUUAACCCCUUUCCCCUUUCCAGAGCCGGGUGGGAGGGGGACCCUGUGGGUGGGGGCACCCUCAGGGCACUAUAGUGCCAGGAAAACGAGUAUGUUUUCCUGGCACUAUAGUGGUCCUUUAAGGACACAUGACGUGUGACAUGUCAUGAUUCCCUUUUAUUCCAGAAGUUUGUUCCUUAAGGGGUUAAAGGGGCACUCUAAGCACCAUAAUCACUGUAACUGACCAUAACUAUCUCUAUGUGAUUGAUAAAAAGUCAUCAAUAUUCUUUCCCGCAGAUUUGCAUGAAGAGUCUCUGAAACCGAUCGCAUGGCCGGAUCUUCAGAAUUUCCACCGAAGCUUUGCAUACAUUGAUCUGCAGCCUGAAUUUCGGAAGAAGUUACCAUCAGCAAUUAAAAGUCCUGAUGUAUUUAGAAGAGCAAGCUCAGCUGGGGAAUGGAUUGCAAAGGACGAAUCUGGUAAAAUUAGCCCAUUGUUUAUUUACGUAUAGCACUUCUCUGUACAGACAUCUAAAUGUCUUGACAAAUCUCUAUUUUUAUUUGUUAUAUAUUCAUUACAAAAUGAAAGGCUUAAAGGGACAUUCCAAGUGCCAUAAUCACUAGACCCUGUUGUAGUGGUUAUGGUGGGAGGAAUGUCCUAGCACUGUCUCAUGAUAGGAUGUCAAACCAGUUUAGAAUGGUUUGACAAUGUACCUUGUUGCCACUUCUGGUCUUCUCCAGCAAGAUUACAUUAUAGAGAAAAUCGAACUGAUGCAGGACUGCUCAGCUGAAACUCUCAGCCAGUGAUUAUAGUCCUGCUUUGAUCUAAGCAGUGACGUCUGAAUUCUCCUUCUGGAAAUGAUUAGAUACAAUGGAUGUGGCUCUGGUGCUAGGUAUGUUGUCAAACUGUGCUAAAACUGUAUGACAUCUUACUACGGAAUGGUGUUGGGGCACUCCUGGCACCGUAACCACUACAGCAAGAUGUAGUGGUUAUGGUACUUGAAGAGGUCCCUUAGAUUUAGAAGAUACAGUAUUUAUCCCAUACAGUGUAUCUUUAAAGGGUGACAUACCUGGCAUGAAUGUAUUUUAGCCACCCACGGUUUAGUCCAUGCUUUUAUGUUCUUCCUCACACAACAAUAUUUUCCCUUUUUAAGGAGUUCAGUUAUAGUCGUUUUUAGGAUGCUAAAGUUUUGAACAUUUUGCAAUUUAAUAAUAAUUUUUUUUUUUUUUUACUGUAACUUCAGAUGCUGAGUCAGGAUACUCUUCACACCGAUGCAAAUCAGCUCUUUCCCGAAGUGAGGAUGCCACUCUGAAAAGGAUAAAACAUCGUGGACCUCAUUCUCCAUUGAAGCCUACUCAAAUCCUUCUAAAGGUCAGCACCAUCCAGAAUUUGGAGAAAUUGGACGUGCUUAGCUUAAACCUUAAGCACAAUGCAAAUGUCCACAGUGUUCAGGGAUCAUCUGUGUCCAACGCACAACACAAACGAGAAAAUGUACAUUGUCAUUCGACAGAACCUAACAGAACCAAUCCUUCUACUGCAUUGUCUCAGACACAAGGUUCAUCUAUUCCCGCUGAGAUAAAUACCCACAGAAAACCAUUUCAAAUGAGAAAUAUGACUUUACAAGGAUCCUCCGAAGUUCCAUCCUCUGUACCUGCUUUGACCACCGCACAUCCAACAGGGUCAUAUAGCAACAGCAAGAAGGAAGGAACUUCACCUGUGAAUUGGAGGUCUUCUUCUGCUGUAGAAGAUGGUAUCCAACAAUUAGGGUUGUACACAAGCUGCGAGGCAGUGCAGCCUUUGCGAAUGGUAAUAGGACAAAUCAAGAAAGAACACAGUCAGAAAAAAAAACUUGAACAUACUGUCACAGCUGAUCCCUUCCGAGAAAAAAGUGGCUUCCAGCUCCUUACAGUAAAACAACUUGAGGCGUAUGAGGCUCAGACGGUGUCUCAGUUUAACAAAAUAGAGGCACUAGAGAAAGAGAGUAGGCUUAAGGAGCGUAAAAAGGAGCGAAUGAUGAAAAUUAAAGGACAAAUCACUGAAAAGUUCAACGAUGACUAUAAAUGAUCUUUAAAAAAAAAAAAGUCACAUUAGCACUUUUUAGAGAUAUCAAUUAACGGUUGGCUCCUCUGGUAGCAAGACAUGAAAUAUUGAUAUUGAUAAAUUAUCUUCACCAAAGGCAUUAAUGAUGAAUUCUAUGCGCAUGCAGUAAUGAAUCGCGUAAUAAAAUAAUCUGUUAAAAAAGCUCUAA